AUGCACACGCUGUUCGGCGAGCAGAACGCGUACUACCGCCACCCGGCGGCGGCGGGCGGCUACCCGGGGGCCGUGGCGGCGGCCGCGGCGGCGGCGGGCUACCCCUACGAGCAGUACUCGCGCUACAGCUACUCGGCCUACCCGCUGGGCGCGCACCACACGCAGCAGCACCAGCACCACCAGCUGCACCACCACGGCCCGGCCAAGGACAUGGUGAAGCCGCCCUACUCGUACAUCGCGCUCAUCGCCAUGGCCAUCCAGAACGCGCCCGAGAAGCGCAUCACGCUGAACGGCAUCUACCAGUUCAUCAUGGAGCGGUUCCCGUACUACCGCGAGAACAAGCAGGGCUGGCAGAACUCCAUCCGGCACAACCUCAGCCUGAACGAGUGCUUCGUGAAGGUGCCCCGCGACGACAAGAAGCCGGGCAAGGGCAGCUACUGGACGCUCGACCCCGACUCGUACAACAUGUUCGACAACGGCUCGUACCUGCGCCGGCGGCGGCGCUUCAAGAAGAAGGACGCCGUGAAGGAGAAGCAGGAGGCGCUGAAGCGGCAGCAGGAGGCGGCGGAGGCGGCGCUGAAGCGCGACGACAAGCUGCAGCCGGAGGCCAAGCCGCCGCCGCCGCCGCCGGCCGUGAAGCCCAAGCGCGAGCCGGGGGCGGAGCUGAGCCACUGCAGCCUGGCCGCCCCCGGCAAGUACCCGCCCGACGUGAAGCUGCAGCAGCUGGACCACCACAUGGACGCCUUCAGCGUGGACAGCCUGAUGACGGGCCGCGCGCAGCAGCCCGUGUACCCGUACCACUGCGGCGACGGCCAGUACCCGCACCAGCACCACCCGCAGGCCAUGGCGCCGCAGGAGGAGCUGGCGCCGCAGUUCGCCGCCGCGCGCCACCACCACGCGUGGUACUCCGAGGCGGAGCUGUUCGACGCGGGGGCGGCGGCCAACCCCAGCUGCCAGCUCGCGUUCCGCGGGUCCCCGCCGUCCACCGGCGCCUACCGCGCGGCGGGGCACGCCUACUACCAGCCGCAGCAGCACCAGCAGGAGUGCGGCAAGUACUAG